GAAUAAAAAGUGGGGAGGAGAGAAAGAGGCAGCAGUGGUGCUGAUUCUCAAGGGAUACAUGAGUGUGGGAACAUUCUGAGCUUGGCUUUUUGCGAUAACAUUAUGUUGCCAUGGUGCCUGCCAAACAUCAUCUUCUUUUAUUUUCUUCAUUUGUUUUUCUGCUCUCUCUUUCCUUGUUUUCUGUUCCUCUAAAUUCUUUACAUUUUCCUACCAAUUGAGCGUUGCUUCAGACAUUCUUGAUUAGCAGGAGAUAUAUAUCGAAACGAUGAAGUUUAUGAAGCUAGGAUCCAAACCUGAUCAGUUUCAGAAUGAUGGGGACAAUAUCAGAUAUGUAGCUACAGAGUUGGCCACUGAUCUCAUCAUAAAUGUUGGUGAUAUCAAAUUUUAUCUUCACAAGUUUCCUCUUCUCUCCAAGAGUUCUCACCUUCAGAGGCUCGUUGGUAGCGUAAACGAAGAAAAGGAUGAGAUACGCAUAGACGACAUUCCGGGAGGACCUACUGCGCUCGAAAUAUGUGCCAAGUUCUGCUAUGGCAUGGUUGCCACGCUCAACGCUUACAACGUGGUGGCAGCGCGUUGUGCAGCAGAGUAUCUAGAAAUGUACGAGACCUUCGAGAAGGGAAAUCUCAUAUACAAGAUCGACGUCUUCCUCAGCUCCAGCAUCUUCCGAAGCUGGAAAGAUUCCAUAAUUGUUCUUCAGACCACAAGGUCUCAUCUCCCCUGGUCCGAGGAGCUGAAGAUCGUCAGCCACUGCCUCGAUUCCAUCGCUUCCAAAGCUUCUACCGACCCUUCCAGAGUUGAUUGGUCGUAUACCUAUAACCGGAAGAAGCUUCUGUCCGAGAACGAUCCUCUCUGGAACGGUGUGAUGAAGCAGCAAACCGUGCCUCAAGACUGGUGGGUGGAGGAGCUUUGCGAGCUUCAUAUUGCUCUAUACAGACGGGUGAUUUCAACGAUACGAGCUAAAGGGAGAGUUUCUGCUGAUGUGAUCGGAGAGGCGUUGCAAGCUUAUAUCACGAGAAGGCUCCCCGGCUUCAGCAAAGGCACUAUACGAGGCGGGGAUACACUCAAGUACCGAUACUUGGUUGAAACCAUCACGGAGUUGCUGCCAAUGGAGAUAAGCUCUGUGCCGUGUAGUUUCCUGCUCAAAUUACUGCAAGCAUCGCUUGUAUUGGGAUGUGGAGAGCCGGGAAGAAGGGAGCUGAUGCAGAAAAUCGCACAGCAGCUCGGGGAGGCAACCGUAGCUGAUUUUCUGAUCCGUUCGUCUAAUGGUGAGACGGCCCUUUAUAACAUAGACAUAGUGUAUGACUUGGUUGAGCAGUUUGUGAUGCAAGAGCAUACCGACUGCUCUCUCGGUCCCGAGUUCUAUGCUGCCAAGGCCAAUGUGGCCACGUUGGUCGAUAGUUAUCUGGCUGAAGCUGCUCGAGACUCCUCGUUGCAUAUGUCCAGAUUUCUCGACCUAGCAACUAUGGUCUCGAGCUUUCCAAGACAGACGCAUGACAGAAUCUACCGUGCCAUCGACAUGUACCUAAAGGAGCAUCUGGAGUUGAGUAAGAGCGAGAAGAAGAAGAUGUGCCGGUUGAUGGAUUGCAGGAAGCUAUCGGGUGAGGCGUGGGCGCACGCUGUGCAAAACGAGAGGCUCCCUCUGCGAGUUGUUAUGCAGGUACUCUUCUUCGAGCAUAGCCGGGCAGCAGCUGGAGGGGGCGGUGAUCACACAAUGCCGGACCUGCCCAGGUCUAUUAGGGCUUUACUUCCGGGAGGGUCGUAUGGGAGCUCGAGAUCUGCUACUACGAACACAGACGAUGACUGGGAUGGCGAUCGGACAUCGGAGGAGCUGAAGUCGCUGAAGGUGGAGCUGGCUUCUCUGAGGCUGAAAGGCGGGGCACAGAAGGCCGGAGCGAAGAAGAUGUGGUCGAACGAGAACAGCAGUUCGGACACGUCGGGGAGCUUCGAGGAGAGUAGAUGUACACCUUCAAGAAGUAGGAGACGCCCCUAGUCAUAGAAUUGUUAUUAAACUUGUAAGAUUAUCUUUGGCUUGUUAUAGAAUUCUAAAGCCAGAUAUCCGGAAAUUUUGGAAGACUUGGAAGAUUGGAUAAAAUAUGUUUCUGUUUUGCUGUA